CCCUCUGACUUUCACUUGGAGUGGAUGGGAGGAGCGCUUGACGUGACUGUGCCUGCAGUCAAGGGAAACAGUCCGGAUUCAGACAUUUUUUUUCCCCCUUCUCGCCCUCCUUUCCUCAAAUGCAGUUCGCUUCUCUGCUACAGAUUGACUUGCAGCGAGGGACCUUGGGAAGCUGGAGCAGGAUGAGAGAUUGCAGGGGAGCCGGACACAAGGCUAGUCAGUGAGGAAGCGCUCCCAAUCCCAACACCAUCUCUUCAUCCCCCCCCCUCCCUACUUUCCUCUCACUCCCCCAACAGCACGCCACAGGCUUGGAGUCGCUGCCUGCGUUUUCUGGGCUGAAACCUUCGCUUUUACAACUAUAUCGGGAAGCUUUUAAAAAGAGGAGUCACAAUGGAACUGAGUAAAUAAGCUGAGCGAUUCAGGAAAGGAGCAGCGUUGGGUAGUGUUUGUUUCUGCCUCUGCUCUCUAUUCCCACCCCUCCAGAGACAGGCAAGCAGAAGGACGUGGUGGAUUCUUAUAAAAUUUUUUUUUUCAAGCGAUUUCAAAGCGUGAACCUGACACAGAGUGUGACUUGGAGAGAUUCCCGGAUAUCUCCCCCUCUCUCUCUCUCACACACACACCUCCCGAAAGCUGUAACCGAGCGAGUGAGGGGAGAGUUAGCAGCCUCCGGGACUGACGAGCGGGGCUAGUGCUGCGACCUGGAGCCGAAGGACAGGAUGUCAUCUCAAGCAAAAUUCAAAAAGGACAAAGAAAUCACCACGGAAUACGAGACCCAGGUCAAAGAAAUCCGAGCCCAGUUGGCGGAGCAGCUCAAGUGCCUGGAGCAGCAGUCGGAAUCCCGCCUCCAGCUUCUUCAGGAUCUGCAGGAAUUUUUCCGCAGGAAGGCGGAGAUUGAGGUGGAGUACUCACGGAGCCUGGACAAACUGGCGGAAAGGUUUGCAGCGAAGAUUCGCAGCUCCAAGGAGCACCAGCAAUUCAGGAAAGACCAACAUCUCCUCUCCCCAGUGAACUGCUGGUACCUGGUCCUCAACCAAACCCGUCGAGAGAGCAAGGACCAUGCCACACUAAAUGAUAUCUACACAAACAACAUCAUUGUCCGCCUAAUGCAGAUCAGUGAAGAUGUGAUCCGGCUCUUCAAAAAGAGUAAAGAAAUUGGCCAACAGAUGCAUGAGGAGCUGCUAAAGGUCACCAAUGAGCUGUACACUGUCAUGAAGACGUACCACAUGUACCACGCGGAAAGCAUCAGUGCAGAGAGCAAGCUGAAGGAGGCAGAGAAGCAGGAAGAGAAGCAGUUCAGCAAAUCGGGAGAUAUCAGCGUGAACCUGCUCCGACAUGAGGACAGGCCGCAGCGUCGCAGCUCCGUCAGGAAGAUCGAGAAGAUGAAGGAGAAGCGUCAAGCCAAGUAUUCGGAAAACAAGCUGAAGUGCACCAAAGCCCGAAACGACUACUUGCUUAACCUAGCAGCGACAAAUGCUGCAGUGGCCAAAUACUACAUCCACGAUGUCUCGGACCUGAUUGAUUGCUCUGAUUUGGGAUUCCAUGCCAGCCUGGCCCGCACAUUCAGGACCUUCCUGUCAGCAGAAUAUAACCUGGAGACGUCUCGACACGAGGGGCUGGAUAUCAUUGAGAAUGCUGUGGACAACCUGGAUGCACGGAGUGACAAGCACAAGGUCAUGGACAUGUACAACCAGAUCUUCUGCCCGCCCACCAGGUUUGAAUUCCAGCCGCACAUGGGCGAUGAGGUCUGUCAGGUGAGUGCACAGCAGCCAGUGCAAACGGAGCUUCUCAUGAGGUACCACCAGCUGCAAUCCCGCCUGGCCACCCUCAAGAUCGAGAACGAAGAGGUCAGGAAGACAUUGGAUGCAACCAUGCAAACCCUGCAGGACAUGCUAACAGUCGAGGACUUUGACGUGUCUGAUGCAUUCCAUCACAGCCGAUCCACCGAGUCAGUCAAAUCUGUCGCCUCCGAGACCUACAUGAGCAAACUUAACAUCGCCAAGAGGCGAGCCAACCAGCAGGAGACUGAGAUAUUCUACUUCACGAAAUUUAAGGAAUACUUGAACGGAAGUAACCUGAUCACAAAGCUGCAAGCCAAGCACGACCUAUUAAAGCAAACACUGGGGGAAGGUGAGAAGGCUGAAUGCGGGACUUCAAGGCCCCCAUCGCUUCCCCCUAAGCCACAGAAAAUGAGGAAGCCUAGGCCUCGCUCACAGUAUAAUCAUAAAUUGUUUAAUGGCGAUAUGGAGACAUUCAUACAGGUACUUGGUGGCAGGCACUGA